AAUUUGAUUUGCAAGGAAUCAGCUGUUUUCGUGUCAGAAAUGGAAAUACCAUAAGGGUAAACAUUGUUUUCGUGCUCGUUGAAAACUAAUCGCUGUAUUUUUAUACUGAAAAAUCAAUAUUUGAUUAAUUCAGCUUGAGUGAUAACAUGGAUGAUAGAAUUGUUUUAUUCCUAUGAUUAUUUUUGCGGCAUAAUGUGUGAGAAAUAUUUUCCCAGAAAAUUGUCGACAAUGGGUUAUCUUUUGGAAUUUUCGUGGGUGGAUCUUUGGAAUGAUGAAAUGAAUUUCCCAACUGAUCGAAUAAUAAAAAAGGUGGAUUGUUUUAUGGUGAGCCAAUGAUAGGGGAUAAUAUGUAAGUGUUCGUAUUCCUUUCCCAUUCCCGACAUGAUAGUCGAACUUGAGUUGCCGUUCCUAUCGUGAGUGAAGAAAGCGAAUGGAAUUUCGAUAGUGUCAGUUAAUCCGUGUUUCUCGAGAGUAUCGCACCUGCAAUCAACAAUGUUGACGUACACGAAAAUUCAGUCCAUGCUUGAAGAAUGCGGACAAUCGCACCUUUUGGACUUCUUCAACGAAUUGAGCGAGGUUGAGCAGCAGCAGCUCCUUCAGCAGAUUUCCACAAUAAAUUUCCACGAAGCCAACGAUCUGUUUGGGAAAGCUAUGAAGAGCCUCGACGGCGAUCUGCAAGAGAUUGAUUCCCUGAUGGAGCCAGUCCCUGAGUCCCAAUUUGAAGCAGAAGACACUUGCGAUUCUACCAAACUGGAAAACUACCGAAAUAAGGGAUUGGACGAAAUCUCGAAGGGUCAUGUUGGGGUUCUGCUGAUGGCAGGAGGGCAAGGAACCAGGCUUGGUGUCGACUAUCCCAAAGGUAUGUACUCUGUUGGUUUACCAUCCGGAAAAACUCUAUUCCAAGUGCAAGCAGAAAGAAUAAAGCGGCUGCAGACAUUGGCAGAAAGGAAAACUGGAAAAUCAGGUAGCAUCCCAUGGUACAUAAUGACCAGCGGGCGCACUCACGAGGAAACUCGCCAAUUUCUGGAAAAUCACAAAUACUUCGGCUUGCAAAAAGAUAACGUUAUUUUAUUUGAACAAGGACUUCUGCCAUGCUUCAAUUACGACGGGAAGAUAAUCUUGGACCAAGUUAAUGUUAUCUCCAUGGCGCCCGAUGGUAACGGAGGCAUAUACAAGGCGUUACAGAAAAACGGAAUUUUGGAAGAUAUGAACAAACGUGGUGUGAAAUACGUUCACGCACAUAGUGUUGACAAUAUUUUGGUGAAAGUGGCUGAUCCUGUCUUCGUGGGAUACUGUUUGGAGAAGGGUGCGGACUGCGGGGCUAAAGUUGUCAGGAAGGCCUCUCCAACAGAAGCUGUAGGGGUUGUGUGCAAAGUUGCUGGCCAUUAUCAAGUCGUCGAAUACAGCGAGGUGAGCGUGGAAACUGCACAGAAAACCAACGAAAAAGGGGAUCUCCUCUUCAAUGCUGGCAAUAUAUGUAACCAUUUCUUCACAGUGAGGUUCCUUAGCGAUGUGGCUAACAAACACGAAAAAUCCAUGAAAGUCCACGUAGCCAAAAAGAAAAUCCCUUACGUUGACGAGCAAGGGAUCAGACACUGCCCGAAAUCCCCAAACGGUAUCAAAAUCGAGAAAUUCGUCUUCGACGUUUUCCAAUUCACCGACAAUUUCGUUACGUGGGAGGUCCCCAGGUACACAGAAUUCAGCGCCUUAAAAAAUCCCGACGAAGUAGGUAGAGAUUGUCCCUCGACCGCCAGAAGGGAUAUUUUGAACCUUCACAAGAUUUUAGUGGAAAGAGCUGGAGGUGUCGUUGAUGGCGAGAUAGAAAUUUCGCCCCUUGUAUCUUACAGCGGAGAGGACUUAGAAUCUAAAGUGAAAGGAAAGGUGUUCGAUUCUUACAUGACCGUUCUUAUUCAAUCUGAUGAGGAAAUUAUUAAACAUAAAUCGAAUGGAGAAAUCAACGGCCACAAUUGAUCGCUAGAUAUUAACAGUGUUUACUGGACCGAUUAUGGCAUCUUGUCAUUAAACUAUUUCACUUCAGCGGCCUUUUCAUAAUCAAUAUUUCAAUCACUCAAUUUUUAUCGGUUCAUUUACAUCAUCUGAUUGAAAAAUUGAUUAUAAGUAAGUUCAAAUGUUAAAGAAUACUUGCUAUUUUGGCAAGUGUUGAACGAUGUCUUGAAAUUUUGAUGAUAUAUAUAUAUAUAUAGGUACCUAAAUUACUCUUACACAAAAUGUGAUAUUCGUACUAUUGUUGAGCAGUCUUCAUUUUAACGUACUUCUUCCGAUAAUUUAAAAAUUUAUCGCUAGUUUUGAAAAACAUUGAACUUAAGUGAUUUGACUGAACUAUUUUUUUGUCAUUCUGUAUAUAUAUAUAGUUUAGUUCAUUUUUAAAAUUUAUAUGGAACAUUAUUUUUAGCGAAAUAUAAUCUGGUGAUCGUUAUUUCCUAUUUAUUCUUGUAAUAUUUUGUUGAAUAAACAGAAUGAGUUAUUUA